CAACUCCUCUCCAUCAUUGCUCCUCGCCUCAGUCAGGGAUGGACCCUCAUUCUUACUCUCCCAAAUCUACCUAUUGUUAUUCAGCUGCUUAGCGAGCGAGCGAGCCCGUCAUCAUCCUUGUUCCUACCUGGCUAAUUACAGUCCUAAACCCACGCGUCUCUCACCUCUGUACCCCCACCACCACCACCACUUUCCAUCUCUCCUACCAACCUGGCUCCCCUUCCUCCUCUACGCCGCUUGGGUGUCUCUGGCCCUAAACAACGAAACACAUUCUCUCUGUUCCGCUACCUCUUCCCCAACACCCACCGCCGAGCUCGUGAACACCUCCUUGGGUUCCGCCUCGAGACCCUCCCCCACCUGCGUCAUCGAGCGCAAUCCCAGAUCUACCAGGCCAUCCUUCGACGUGAACGACGGAAGAGAGAGAAGAAGGCACAAGGAAAGGGCAUUCGCGCCUUCUUGCAUCGCCGCAGGAGUAAGAUUCUACGUGCGGUGUAUGGGCGACAACAUGCUGGAGCCAAGACCACACCUCCCACCAACACAUCAGAGACGAUGUCCAGCUAUGGCGCCUAUGGAGGUGGGCAACAGAGGGUACCGGGUUCCAGAAGAGACAAGGUCAGAGGUUAUCUCCGCGCAGCCAACGAGUUGAGGCAGACGUAUCAAGCCUCUCUGGAGCAGAAGCUGCAGGCGAGUGAGGAUGGCUCCAUGCCCGGGGAUUUCCCCGAUGUCGACAUCAUUAGAAGUGGCAAAGAGGAGAUGAUACUGUUCCCCAGUUACGCCCGACCCCACGUGAAGCGAGAUCCCGACCGAACUGGUCAGGCAAGACCACAACCAGGCACACAUGAAAGCAUUGAGCACCACACUAACAGUGGGGACGCCGAUUAUUGGAAAAGGGAAUGGGAGAGAUACGAAGAUGCCAACGCCGUGGUUGAUGUCGACGUUAGAGGUUGGAUCUACUCUCCCCAGUCAGGACCCCUCAACCGCAAGAAUAGACUCUUGAUUGCCGUGGCCAGAAGAUUGAGUGGCAUCUACGCCCCGCAGCCUAGUCCUGAAGACAACAGAUUAUCCAGUCAGAACCCCAGCGAUCGUCAACGGUUAGAUGAUAACCCCACCAAACAUGAAGACGAGAUUGCGGCUAGGGAAGCAGAAAACAUUGCCAGACAUGGCCAGAUGGAGGCCGAUGCCGCAGUUCGAGGCAGUUACAGCCGUUCCACAGCCAGUGAUCAUUCCUCCUCACGAUCGAGUACAUUCUCGAGUAAUGACACACUCGAUCAAGAUCCUGGUCAUGUUGCAUAUCUCAAGCGUCAAUCCUGGAAUCAGCCGGCUGAAAUGAGCCGGGAGGAAUUGAUCGCUGCCGACAAACUGCUCAUGUCGAGAUUGAAACCGUUCAUGACCGUCGCUUUGGCCAACACACCCAUUACGGUGUUUUUCUUCAAUGACGAAAAAUCAAUCUCCAAGACAGUCAUCACGGAUGAAUCGGGACACUUUAAUCUACGAGCUGCUUUGGAUUUCGUUCCUCAACAAGUCAGGGUCCUUGCUUCGGAAAAUUUGUCUGCAACAGAGGAUGUCAUUGUUACCGAAGGUCAAGGAGUCAGCUUGAUCAGUGACAUUGAUGACACAAUCAAACAUUCAGCUAUUGCCAGUGGGGCGAGAGAGAUCUUCAAGAAUACUUUUGUCCGAGAACUUGGUGACCUUACCAUCAAAGGCGUCAAGGAGUGGUAUACGUCAAUGGCGAAUAUGGGAGUCAAGAUGCACUAUGUUUCCAAUUCACCGUGGCAGCUGUACCCUUUGUUGUGUAGCUAUUUCUCUCUGGCCGGCUUACCACAUGGAUCCUUUCAUCUGAAGCAAUAUUCUGGAAUGCUUCAGGGUAUCUUUGAGCCUGCUGCCGAAAGGAAGCGAGGCUCCUUAGAUCGGAUCAUGAGUGAUUUUCCCGAACGGAAAUUCAUCUUGGUGGGCGACAGUGGGGAAGCAGAUCUCGAAGUCUACACUGAUGUCGUGCUAGACCAUCCGGGUCGGGUUCUUGGAGUCUUCAUUCGAGAUGUCACGUCUCCGAUCCAAAAAGGCUUCUUCGAUCAGUCAGUUUCCCACCCGCCCCCGGACACUCUCAUCACCAAAGACCGGUCUCGUUUCAGCAGUUCUCCCCAAAACGACGAAGCCGAAGUGAGUCGACCGGCCCUUCCUGCAAGACCCAGAUCAGAUCCUGAACCUGAAGUGGAGGAUCUGAUUGACUUUAGUGAGGAUGCGGAGACAAAGGCAAUUCGGCCAAAAGCAACAUAUCAGGACGAUAUGAAAUUCCUCGAUCCAAACGGAAAACAACCACCAAAUCGACCUAACAAACCAUCUAGUCUCAGGAAUUUCUCGACUCAAUCUAUGCCACCGACCAACCAUGAAAGAUUAUCAACCUCGGACACGGAAGGACAAGAUUCGAUCAAGAAAAAGGGACCUCCUCCACCACCCAAACCUCGACGGGCUUCCAAGGAUGUGAAGAUCAAUCUGAGCAAUCCAGAGUCUUCCAGCCUUGCACCUUUGUCACGCCCACCGUUUUCAUCUACCCGACAGAAUCAGGCUUCAAGUACUACCAAUGUCUCUCGCCAGACAAGCUCGGCAUCAAACCGAUCGACCAAUGCUGCUCAGCCACCACCUCCGCCUGUCUCACGCACCAACACAUCCACCAGCAUGUCAUCGAGCUAUUCCCGUAAUGAGCAAGAAGGCUACGUCGCUAGUGCACGACGACAGCUUGUUUCGGCAUACAACUCUCUACCACAGAUUCGAUCGGUACCAGAUCCGACACGACUUGGGGGAGAUGGUCGUGGAGGUCCGCCUGUUCCUCCUCGACGAGGGAUUUCUUCAUAUCCCGCAGCUGCGGCACGUUGGGCUACAGGUGCAAGUGGUGGAGACCCCAUGGCUGGUGGUGAUGGCGGAGCACCUGGGGCCCCUUAUGACAAAAAGUUGGAAAUUUGGAAACGACGGUGGCAGAGGUCCGAGGAGAUUAUGCAACAGAGAGGUGUGGUGUUACGGACAUGGAGGAUAGGCAGUGAUGUGAUGGACGAAUGUAUUGCAUUGGUCAAAAGGGAGAUGGAGGGGAAAGACAGGAAAAGGAGUUGAAUGGAGGGUCCAGUCGUUGCAGCCGACGAUUGAAUAUUGGUAUCGUAGUAGAAAUGAAUUCAUGAAUGAUUUACUGGGUAGAGAUUUAUGUCGACUCAAUCUCGAGGCAUGCUGGAGACAUGAAAUCUAUA